ACCCCCUCGUCCCAAUCAGACUUUGCUCCACGUCAGACAUCUGAGGGGAGCCCACAUACGCAGCUCCUCUCCCCACAGGGCCUCCCUUUUCUGGGUCAUGAAUUUCCAGAGCACUGGCUCCUCCUUUUGCUGGGCUGGGGAACUUCGUGUCUCUUCCCCCUCUCCGGAGCUUAGGGACACCUGGGCCCAGCUUCCCCAGGGAAUUCAGGGAUGGGGUUGGAGAGGAAGUCCAGUGCCAGAUGCAAGGUAGGUAGGGUAGGAAUCUGCAUGUAUGCAGGAAAAGACUAAUCUGGUGCUAACUGGCAUGGAGGCGGGGUGAAAAUUACGGGGACAAAAACCUCAUUGGGCCCAGGGUCUUAGCCAUGUGGCUUUCCCAGAGGCAGAGGGCAGCGCCCCCCUCACGCUCAGGGGCCCAGCGGACUGGCCUUUGACCCCCACCCCAGAGACCAGUGAACCAUUAACUCCUUUCCACUUGAACCUUCCCACACUGGCUCCACCCAGCCUCACCCAAAGGCAGGUGGGCUAGGAAGAGGGGCCGCGUCCAUCUCUGCAUGACGUGGCCUCUGCUCCGCCUGGACAUCUGGGCACAAGGAGGCUGAGCCUGGGUUCCCCCUCCUUCACGCCGGAACCUCUUAAUAUCCACAGCAAGGCCGACGUCACUACUCUCCCGGUGCGAGUGGGGGCACAGUCCUCAGGAUGUUCCGGGGGGAAUAGACGCUGGAACCGGAGCCUGCAGCCCAUCCCCCUCAGUGAUGGGGCCCCCUGGGAGUCACCUGCUGGCUGCUCUGUGUGUGGGGGUGGUCUCAGGCUGGGUAGGGGGCUCAGUCCCCAACCUGGGUCCUGCGGAGCAGGAGCAGAACCAUUACCUCACCCAGCUGUUUGGCCUCUAUGGAGAGAAUGGGACGCUGACCGCAGGGGGCCUAGGACGCCUUCUCCACAGCCUGGGGCUAGGCCGAGUUCAGGGGCUUCGCCUGGGACACCAUGGGCCUCCCGGCCGGGUGGCACCCCCAGCUGGAGACAAUUCCACACACAGGUCGCAGGAGCCCGAGCUGAGUGUGGACGUCUGGGCAGGGAUGCCCCUGGGUCCCUCAGGGUGGGGUGACCCAAAGGAGUCCAAGGACCCCCACCUGGUCCCAGGAGCAGCCCCCUCGGGCCUGGACCUCUUUCACAGGCUUCUGAUGCUAGACCACUCGCUGGCUGACCAUCUGAAUGAGGAUUGUCUGAAUGGCUCCCAGCUGCUGGUCAAUUUUGGUCUGAGCCCCGCUGCUCCUCUGACUCCUCAUCAGUUUGCUCUGCUGUGCCCAGCUCUGCUUUAUCAGAUUGACAGCCGCGUCUGCACCCAAGCCCCAGCCCCAACACCCUCGGCGGAUCUACUGUCUGCCCUGCUUCACAGUGGCCUGGCAGUCCUGCUGCUCAGCCUCCCUGCUCCCCUCUCCCUGCUGCUGCUGCGGCUCCUGGGACCUCGUCUGUUGCGGCCCCUGCUCGGCUUCCUGGGGGCCCUGGCCGUGGGCACUCUUUGUGGGGAUGCACUGCUACACCUGCUGCCACAUGCACGAGGAGGGUGGCACACAGGAGCUGGUGGGCGCCCAGAGGAGGACCUGGGUCCAGGGCUGUCAGUGCUGGGAGGCCUGCUCCUGCUCUUCGUGCUGGAGAACAUGCUAGGGAUUUUGCGGCACCGAGGACUCAAGACAAGAUGCUGCAGGCCAAGGCGGAGGGAUGUCAGAGCACCACACCUGGACCCAGAAGAUGGCUGUGGGAGGGCCCUUCAGCCCCUACAGGCAGCUCCAGAGCCAGGGGCUCAGGGCCAGAGGGAGCGGGACAGCCAGCCCUCAGCAGCCCCGGCCCCCAUCGGGCACCAAGGCCACAGCCACGGGUGCCAGGGUGGCAGUGGCGCCAGUAUCACGUGGAUGGUCCUCCUGGGAGAUGGUCUGCACAACCUCACUGACGGGCUGGCCAUAGGGGCUGCCUUCUCUGAUGGCUUCUCCAGUGGCCUCAGCACCACCCUCGCAGUCUUCUGCCAUGAGUUGCCCCACGAACUUGGUGACUUUGCAAUGCUGCUCCGGGCAGGGCUGUCUUUUCGGCGGCUGCUGCUGCUGAGCCUCGUUUCUGGAGCCCUAGGACUAGGGGGUGCAGCCCUGGGGGUGGGGCUCAGCUUGGGCCCUGUCCCCCUCACUCCCUGGGUGUUUGGGGUCACUGCCGGGGUCUUCCUCUAUGUGGCACUCGUGGACAUGCUCCCGGUCCUGCUGCGCCCUCCCGAGCCCCUUCCUACACACCACGUGCUCCUGCAGGGGCUGGGGCUGCUGCUGGGGGGCAGCCUCAUGCUCACCAUAGCCUUGCUGGAGGAGCAGCUAUUGCCCCUGGUCUCUGGUGACUGACGGGGGGGAUGGGUGGGGGGCCAGUGGGAAGGGGUCCAGGCUGCCCCUCCUUCCCCCCAGCCACAGGAAUGGAGGCGGGACACAGGGCCAGUAGGAGCAACAGGAUUUUAAUAAACAGAACCCAUCCCAAA